AUGCCUUCCCAACCCAGCACAGACGACCUCAUCGCCCCUCCAGACCCCUCCACCCAUCUCGACGAGUCCAACAGACUCCGCCUCCAGGAUGGUCUAUACGAAGCUGCAGAGGCCCUAGAGACACCUGUCGACAUGAUGUACCGCCUCCUCAACCAGGGCAGGCAAAUGGCAAUGAUAAAAAUCGGAUACGAUCUGGACAUCUUCACAACCCUCACCAGCCGCACAGAGCCAUACUCAGUAGAAGAGCUAUCACCCAAAGGCGCUGAUCCUCGGCUAAUAUCCCGACUAUUACGAUUCUUUGCCGCAAACCGCAUGAUCACAGAAACGAGUCAAGAUUGUUUUACGGGUAACAAGUACACGAAAGGACUAUCCGAUCCCCGUAUUCAAGGUGGACUGCUGCAUGGCUUUCACAUCAGUAAUCCAACCUGGCAAGCCCUACCGGAAUACCUAGAGGAAAACAACUAUCAAAACACGACUGGGGACCAUUGUGCCUGGCACAAAUCUGCCAAUACAGACCUGGAUUUCUUCCCAUGGGCAAAAGAGAAUCCCCAGAUCCUAACAUACUUUCAGCAACUCAUGAGUAUUAUGGGUCUACCAAAAGAUGGGAGCUGGCUCGAUGUCAUCCCAAUCACGGAUCAGAAACAAGAUUCAUCCCGGAAGGUAUUUGUUGAUAUCGCCGGUAGUAUCGGACACCAGUGCUCGCGACUACUUUCCAGAUACCCCGAUCUGGGCGGCCGAGUUAUUCUCCAGGAUUUGGAAGAGACGUUUCAACAUGCGCCCAAGAUUGAGGGGGUGGAGUUUGUGGUUCAUGAUUUCUUUAAAGUACAGCCUGUUAAAGGUGCUAAAUUCUAUUACCUUCGGAUGAUCAUCCAUGAUUGGGAGGAUGAUAAGGCUGUGGAGAUCUUGAAGAAUAUCGUGCCGGCCAUGAGCGAUGAUUCGCAGAUUUUGAUUGAUGAUGUUGUUUUGCCUAAUACUGGUGCGCAUUGGUGGAGUACUUGUAUGGAUAUGCAGAUGUAUAUUAUGCACGGCGCGAUGGAGAGGACGGUUGAUCAGUGGUAUGCGCUCUUGGAUAAGGCUGGUUUGAAGGUUGUGGAGAUCAAGACGUAUGGUGCUGUGAUGCGGAAUUCAGUUGUUGUAGCUGUGCCGAAAUAG